AUGCCGAAGAAUAAGGGAAAGGGUGGUAAAAAUCGACGUCGUGGAAAGAACGAGAAUGACAACGAAAAACGCGAGUUGACUUUCAAAGAGGAGGGUCAAGAGUACGCCCAAGUUGUUAAGAUGUUGGGCAACGGACGUCUAGAAGCCCUGUGUUUUGACGGUGAGAAGCGACUGGCACACAUCCGGGGAAAGCUUCGAAAAAAGGUCUGGAUCAACCAGGGCGAUAUCAUUCUUCUGUCCCUGCGAGAUUAUCAGGAUGAGAAAGGCGAUGUCAUCCUCAAAUACAGUGCCGAUGAGGCCCGAAGUUUGAAAGCCUAUGGAGAGUUGCCUGAGAGUGCGAAGAUUAACGAGACUGAUACUUACGGCCAUGAAGGUCUUGAUGACAACGUCGAGUUCGACGAAGAUCGCGAGAGUGCCGAUGAGAAGGAAAUUGAUGUCGAUGAGAUCUGA